AUGACUAAGAAGCUCCGUACAAAUUCCCUCUCCAGGAAAUCCAGAGAAGGAAACGAAAUAACUGAUUAUGUAAAACUUGACAAACUACCAAAUUUCUUGAUAUUGGUAGAAAAGGUAGAAGCAGUAGUUCGGACCAGCAAUUGGUGGGAUAAAUAUGGAGUGGAUUGGAUGAUCUAUAUAGCAGCUGUUGUGGGAUGCUUUUUCAGUUACAGGUUGUUUAAUACAAAUUCAUAUUUAAACUUCGGUAUUGGUAUUGUUGUAUACGGUUACUGUCAUUCGGUACUAACAGUUAAAGGGGCUCACGCAGCCGCUCAUGGUGCUGUUACAGAGUCACCGAAAUGGAACAAAUUUUGGAGUAUUAUGUUUAUUGAGUUAAUGGGAUCAUUCUCUGAUGAACUUGGUAAUGAAAUCCAUAUUAAAGGUCAUCACCCACACACAAACAUCAUCGGACUGGGCGACUCAAGUACAUGGAAAGCACCAUUUUUGCCUUCCUAUAUCUAUAUGUUCCUGGCACCUUUAUUGGUACCCAUACUUACACCACUUGUUGCGCUAUGUGAACUUGUUGGAAAGUGGGGAAAGUUAAUCAGAUGUGCCCUUGUUAUAAUCACCGGCUUUGCAAUUAACUUUACUUUUUUGAUACAUCUGUCAGGAUUUUCUAUAUUGGGGGCCGUUAUAGUCACAUUUAUCAGCCGUGCUUUGUUGUCCAUACCUUAUAUUCAUGUGAAUAUUUUUCAACAUAUAGGACUGGCUAUGUAUUCCCAGAAAAACCGACCAAAGAAAAUUUAUCAAAUGUCAACAGGUGUUCUGAACCUCGGUAGAAAUAUGAUCCUGGAUUUUAGUUUUGGACAUUCAAUCAUAAGUUGUCACGUAGAACACCAUCUAUUCCCGCGGCUGUCUGAUAAUAUGUGUCUCAAAAUCAAACCUUUGGUGUCAAAAUUCUUGAAAGAGAAUGGUUUACCAUAUCACGAAGAAGCCUACUUUGAUAGAAUGGUAUAUUUUGUAAACAGUUACAAAGAACUAAUGGUAAACGCUCCACCAAUUACACAUUUUGUUGGUAUUCAAUGA